AUGAACACUUUAGUAGAUUGUUCUCGAUUCGAAAAGAUAGACUCGAAUGAAGUUGACGAACACAUCUUUGAUAUAUUCACUAAUCGUCCUCCACCUGAUGACCUGAAUCUUGGGUUUAUAGAUCGAUCGCGCGAGAUCAUUGAUAUUAGCCUUGAAAAGUCAGGGAUGGAUAUCUCAAUACAGCAAUCAUUCUCAGGAGUCUCUACUGGGUUCCUCUGCUGGAAAACUGCUGCUCAUAUUUCCGAUUGGAUACUUGGCGAUGCCAAAUGCCCAUUUCAUAGCAUUUUUCGUCUGAAAGCUAAAGAUUUGCUCGUAAUUGAAUUGGGAGCAGGAGUAAGCGCAAUAUGUGCUUUGGUUCUUUCGCCCUUAGUUAAUCGAUACAUAGCUACAGAUCAGAAGGAACUACUUAGGCUACUUUCGAGAAAUUUUUACAGAAAUCAAGCUCCAUCUAUCUCUACUUCCAAAAGAUUACAGGCCCCUAGAGUUGAUUUUCUCGAAUAUGACUGGGAAGAGCCUGAAGUAGGCUAUCAAAAUUUGAGUUCAGUUUUGGAGACUGAACCAAUACCAGACUUUAUAAUUGCAUGUGAUACCAUAUAUAAUGAAUUUCUUGUACCAAAGUUUGUCGCAGCCAUUAAGAGGUUAAUGCAUAGCGAGAGUGGAGCACUCGUUGCUAUACAGUUAAGAGACCAAUCAGUGACUCAAUUUUUCAUUGAGGAGGUCAUGAGGAAUAAUCUUACCAUUUACUCGGUACCUCCAAGCUGUCUUUCUUCCGAAUUAACAUUAGGAUUUGUUGUAUAUUAUAUUACCAUUAGUUAG